CCCUUCUACUUCCGGGUCACGGGGUGAGAGGUCAUCGCCUGCCGGAGGGGGCGGGGCGGGGCAGGGCAGACAUGGCUGCCUCCGAGCGAGCAGACUCUGAGGUGGAAGACGCAGGACAGGUCUUCCUGCUGAUGAAGAAAGACUAUCGGAUCUCCCGCAACGUGCGCCUAGCCUGGUUCCUCAAUCACCUGCAUCAAGUCAUUUGGGCUGUGCCUGAGACAGAGCUGGUGAAGUCAGAUAAUGAACUGGAUGUUCUCAGCAUCCUGCCAAAUGGAUGGCAGCCACAUGAGUCUGUCCGGCCUAGGCCUUAUCUCCUAGUGCCUUCCACACAGGUCACCUUCCUGGCACGACAGUACCGCUUUGUGAUUGAGCUCGACCUGAGCCCAUCCACAGGCAUUGUGGAUGACUCAACGGGGGAGAUCAUUUUUGAUGAGGUGUUUCAUGCCCUUUCUCGAUGCCUAGUGGGAUUGCUAAAACCCUUCCGAAUUCCUGGUUCAGAAAUUACCUACCAGCCAGAGAUCUUUGUCACCAUCCAAGCAUAUUCCUCCAUCAUUGGCCUGCAGUCCCACCAGGUGCUAUUCCAAGGCUGUCAGCUGGAUGAGACCAAGAGAGAGACCUUCCUGCAGCAAAUUUACACACAGCUGUGUGCCUUUGAGAAUAAAGUGGCUGAGAUGCUCCAACAACAGUAUGAACCCAAGCCCCAGGUAGAUUUGUCACCCCUCAGCCAGGAGAGUCCUUGUGCCACACAGGAACCUUCUGGAAGGAAGUCGGGUGUCUCCAUGGUCACUGCUGACAUUGGCCUAGUCAGCAUGAUCCGACAGGGGAUCUUAGCACUGCAGCUGUUGCCUUCCAACUCCGGUGCAGGUAUCAUCAUAAUCACAGAUGGUGUGACCAGUGUCCCGGACGUGGCUGUGUGUGAGACUCUGCUCAACCAGCUGCGGAGUAGCACUGUGGCCUGCUCCUUUGUGCAGGUGGGCGGAGUCUACUCAUAUGACUGCAGCUUUGGCCACGUCCCCAAUGUGGAACUGAUGAAAUUUAUUGCUAUGGCAACUUUUGGUGCAUACCUGUCUACCUGCCCUGAGCUGGAUCCCUUAAGCCUCGACCUCAAUGUAUAUCACAAGGCCUUCCUGCUGUAUUCCUUCCUGCGCACUGGGGAGUCCCUGAACCCAGAGUAUUACUGUGUGUCCCAGCACAGACUGUUCAAUGAGCAUUUGGUGUCCGCGAGCAGCAACCCGGCUCUGGCCAUGAGGAGGAAGAAGCACACAGAGAAGGAGGUGCAUGCAGACCUCGUGAGCAUAGUCUCUGUCCGGCUGCGUGAGGGCUACAGCAUCCGUGAGGUCAACAUCACCAAAGGCGGCUCCCAGCUGGAAGUGAAGCUAGUCUUGCUGUGGAAGCACAACAUGCGGAUAGAAUACCUGGCUGUGGCGGCAUGGCCCCUGGACCCCUCCAAGCGCAGUACCUGGGUGGAGGUGACAAUGGAGGGCAGCUAUGACAUCCUGCAUGAUAUCAGCUGCACCAUGAGGAAGCCUAUCACCAGCCUGUACCGCACUACAGUGAUCCGUCGCUUCUGGAACACACUGCAGAGCAUCAACCAGACAGAUCAGAUGCUGGUUCACCUGCAGUCUUUUGACACCGUUCCAGAGCACUUCACCAUCCCUGAGAGCACUAAGAACGGAGUGCCCCUUUUCUACAUCCCACCGGGCUCCACUACCCCGGUGCUGUCCCUGCAGCACAGCGGCUCUGACUGCAGCCAUUCACAGUUUGCCUCCUACUGGAAGCCCAUCCUCUCCAUGGAUGCUAAUUUCUGGCAGAGGUGGCUGCAUAUGCAUCGGAUUGUCCUCAUGCUGGAGCAUGACACACCCGUCCCAAAGCACCUGCACACACCAGGCAACAAUGGCCGGUACAGCACCAUCCAGUGCCGCAUCUCCCACUCGGCACUCACCUCCCUGCUGCGGGACUGGAGCAGCUUUGUGCUAGUGGAAGGCUACUCCUACGUCAAACUGAUGCCCAGCUCUGAGGAUCCAGCUCCUUCCUCAUUCUAUGUGGUACGGAUCAUCUCCAAAGCUCCCUGCAUGGUUCUCCGGCUAGGGUUCCCCAUCGGGACGCCUGCCCAGGCCAGGAACCGGAUAGUGGAGGAGUUACAGGACCGGAUCCUGCAGCUGCGCUUCCCCCACCGGGUCCAGAGCAAAGAGGCGACUCCCAAAGUGAAGAGGAAAACUUUUGGCAGCAGCUCUCCCUCGAAGUCCCCGCCCGUGGCUGGGGCCCCGCCAGCCCUCUCAGACAGGCCCUGCCUUGUAGUGCUGCACAAGCCGCUGGAGAAGCUCCUGAUCAGGUAUGAGAAGCUGCCUUCCGACUACCGGGCUCCCUUCAUCCUCACCCUGGAGCACCCCCCUGUGUCCGGCCCCCUCACCAUGGUGGCCAACCGCACCGCCUCCUCCACCCUGGCUUCGCUCUCCCGCUACUUCUAUCACCAGCGCUGGAUCUGGUGCAUCCAGUCGGGGCUGGCCCCAGCCGUGCCCAUCGCAGCCGUAGCCCAUCUCCUGUCCACACUCACCGAGGUCCGUUUGUCAGAGGGCUUCCAUUUUGCAUCCAGUGGAGACGGAAUUAUCAAUAUGGUGCUGGAGCUGCCCAUACGGAGUGACUCCUCCAGUGACGACAGCAGCGGCAGAGAGAAGCACACUUGCAUCGUCCAGUAUGUCCUCUUUCCGCCACACUCCACCUCCACCAAGGACAGCUUCUCUACAGAUGAUGACAACGACACAGAGGUGGAGGCCAUCGAAAUGGACACCGAGCUGAACCUGGUCACUGAGUGCUGGGUGGAACCACAGAGUGGCCACAUCCGCAGCACUGCUGAGAACUGGAGGUAUCUCCAAGGGCUGCCCUACCAGAAGAUCCCCAAAGCUCUGUACCCCAGGGAUCUGGCCUGCAUUAGCACCAUGCUAACUUUCGAGUACAUCAGCCAGCUAUGCCAGAACAAGGAGUGGGUGUCCCCGGCUUUGGAGGCCAAGGCUGCUGAAGGCCCUGACAUGGGGGCUGGCUCCCAUGUGCAUGAGAUCCCAUUCCAGUUCAGCCUCCUGAAGCUGCUACCCAAAUGCCAGCAGAUCGAAAUGUUCUUCCUCAUGCUGACGGGAGAGGAUGAGGCGAUGGCCAAGGACUCUUCGUUUGCACCCAAUGAAAUGCUGCUAGACUUCUUCCACGGCUGCCUGCAGCAUGACCUCAGUGACCGGGAGAUCCCUUUGGCGGACAUGGAUCACAUGGCCUUCAUGGAGCAGGUCCUACAGCGGGACCGUGAUGGCCAUCUGCCCCCAUUCACGCUUCCAGUGAUCCGAGAAGAGCCCCUGAAGGCCCCUGCGCCCCUGGACCAGCAGGAUCCCUCUUUAGCUGCUCACCCUGUUGGCAGUAGCACUACCAGGGACAUGAAUGGCUCCACGAGCACCCUGCAGAGCCUGUGCAGCGCAGAGCUGCCGGAGGCCGACUUGUCCCCGGCCGAUGCUGCUGGGCUUCUCCUGCAAUGGCGAUGCUACGCCAAGCUGGUCAGUCCACAGCACCUCUUCCUCACCUUCCUGCCAGCCACCUUCCCCGAAGCAGGCCAGGACCCAGGAGAGCCAGGCGCUGCCCUGCGGAAGGACGUACACAUCUCCUUCAGCCGCCAGGCCUCGCAGCCCGAGCUGAGCGAGGGGCACCGGGUCCGCUGCCCUGUCUACGUCUAUAGCUGCUCCUUGGAGCUGCUGCGGGAGCAGAUGGUCAGCCCCCGGACACACCGGCCUCCGCGGGACAUCUUUUUCAGGUCCCAGUUUCUGGAGCGCCCCCCAAAUGCCACCUGGCUAGACCACAAGCACAAGGAGCUGGUGAGUUACUGCACGCUGCUGCAGGAGCACUCGCACCAGUGCUACGUGAAAGGGCUGUUCAAGAGCCUGCAGCAGUCGCAUAGCAUCAGCUCCCAGGACCUUCUCACAGCCAUGGACUACUGCGAGGAGCUGCUGCAGGAGAUCGACAUCACCAACUUCCUGCUGACCCUCUGCAGCCAUGUGCGGGCCUUCCGCGAGAGCCACCGGCACUUCCACAUGCACCCCAGGGCAGCCAGCCUGGAGCAGGAGGAGGAGCCGCUCUCCAGGGAGAGGGGUGUCCUCGUCUCAGAGUCUAGUGCGGAGAUGGAGGACUACAGCGAGCAGGACCACGGAGGUUUCUCAUGCCCCACUGAGGAGCCCAAGAUCAGCACCAGCUGCUGCCCAGAGUUCCCCCUAUCCCUGCUGGAGAAUGGCCAGCCCUGCCAGGUGCACCCUGACCUGCAUAAAAUCAUCCAGGAGAAGUUCCUGGAAAUCGGGAGUUUGCAUUUUAAGCCAGUGCUGUCGAAUCCUCAUUAUUUCUUCUACUGUCCGCCCUGUGUCAAGAAAGAGGUGUGUGUGGGGGGGCGGGUACUCGGGUCCCUGUUCCUGGCUCUGCCCCAGUGCCCUGAUGGUGGGACAAGUGAACUAGGCUCCUCCGAGGAGGGAAGUGCCAUUAGUCUCCCCCAGGUCUGCCCUUUGGGCGUCCGUUGAGCCCCCGGGACGCUG